AAAAGGACUGCAAAGUGACAUCCUAGAUACUGUGAGGGCACUACGGAUUUGAUAAUCACUUCACGGCGGUGUAUGCAUCGGUAGUUUGCAGGGCUAAAUGAGCAUUUACUAGCUAGUUCUACGAGGAAGGUAAUGAAAAGUCCCGAGAAUUAUUUAUGCCUGGCUCCAACGACCAAGUCGCCCCUCCAUGACAGGCACUGCACCAGCUCCCUUCAGGACUAUGUCGGAUUUGAUACACUUCUUUAGGAUAAGACUCAAGAGGCAGCAAUAUGUCGGCAAGGUUCGCUUCUCCCAUUUCGACACACAUGUGCAGUCAUCCAAAAAGGUGCUUGUGGCAACAGAGAAUAAUGUUUUUGCUGCACUAAACACCAGGACUGGAGACCUCUUCUGGAGACAUGUGGACAAGACUGGGCCAGAGGGCAGCAUUGACGCCCUUCUGCAUCAUGGACAAGAUGCGGUGCUGGUAGUUGGUAAUGGCCGCCUGCUGCGGUCCUGGGAUAUAAAUGUUGGCGGUUUGAACUGGGAGAUUGUGCUCGACUCUGGCAGUUUCCAGGCCGCAUGUUUAAGUGGACAGCAGGACAGCGUAAAACACGUGGCUGUUUUGAAGAAAACUGCCAUCUCUCUCCAUUACCUUUCUAAUGGUCAUCAAAAGUGGAUAGAGAAUCUUCCAGAAAGUGAAACGGUGGAUUACCAGGCUGUGUAUUCUGGUGGAAAUGGUGAAGUAUAUGCACUGGGAGUUGUUCCCCAUUCCCACAUUGCUGUUGUGGUUUACAGUGUCGAUGAUGGAGAGAUAAUCAGACAGGUAUCGGUCGAAGCUCCAUGGCUGUCAAACAUCCAGGGCAGCUGUGCAGUGAUCAGCAAGGGGAUGCUGACUUGCGUGGACCCUGCAGCUGUGUCCUUGUAUAUGCUGGACUUGCACGCAGAGUCACAGAUGACCCAGAUCCCCCUGCAGUCACUGGGACUUGAAGUCGCCCCCGGCUUCCAUCCAGUUCUGGUGUCCACACAGCCCAACCCGGCCCAGCAGCCGCUGUCAGAGUUCUUUGUUCAGCUCGGGCCUGAAAACUAUGUGCUCCUCCAGCUCAACAAUGGGCAAAUAGUCACACUGAGGGAUUUCAAGCCUGCUAUGCUGGUUUCUUUUGCGACCGCUGGAGAGAAGACCGUUGCUGCUAUUAUGUCGCCCAAGAACAAAACUGCAUGCAGUAUCAACCUUUUUAGUGCAGAAACUGGACGCAGACUUCUGGACACAACAAUGAUUUACAGUUUGGAUCCUAAUGUUGGGAAACCAGAGAAACUGUACGUACAGGCGUUCCUCAAGAAAGACGACGCUGUUGGUUACAGGGUCAUGGUGCACUCAGAGGACCAUGCACUCUCAUUUCUACAACAGCCAGGGCGUGUAAUGUGGACAAGAGAGGAGGCCCUGUCAGAUGUGGUGACAAUGGAAAUGGUGGAUCUGCCUCUCACAGGAACGCAGGCCGAGCUGGAGGGAGAGUUUGGCAAAAAAGCCGCCAUUCAAGACGGGCUGAUGUCCAUGGUGCUGAAGAGGCUUUCCUCUCAGCUCAUCUUGCUACAGGCCUGGAUCGCCCACCUCUGGAAGCUGUUCUACGAUGCCCGGAAGCCGCGCAGUCAAGUUAAAAACGACGUGACCAUCGAGAAUCUAUCCAGAGACGAGUUCAACUUGCAGAAGAUGAUGGUUAUGGUCACUGCGUCUGGGAAGCUCUUUGGGAUUGACAGCAAGACAGGCAGUAUUUUAUGGAAGCACUACCUGGAAGACGUUCCAUCGAAUGCAGCCUUCAAACUUAUGGUGCAACGGACCACCGCACACUUCCCUCAUCCGCCACAGUGCUCACUGAUCAUCAAAGACAAGGACACGGGCCUGGCCACACUCCAUGUAUUUAAUCCCAUCUUUGGAAAGAAAAGUCACGUCACUCCUCCUGCUCUGCCUCAGCCCAUCCUUCAGUCCCUCAUGCUGCCUCUCAUGGACCAGGAUUAUGCUAAAGUCUUACUACUUGUUGAUGACCAGUACAAGGUGUCUGCUUUUCCCUCUACAAAGAAUGUUCUACAGCAGCUGCAGGAGAUGGCCUCAUCCAUAUUCUUUUUUCUUAUUGACUCCAGCCAGGGAAGACUUUCUGGCUACAGGCUACGAACGGACUUGUCGACUGAGCUGAUCUGGGAGGUCGUCAUCCCGACCGAGGUGCAGAAGAUUGUUUCAGUCAAAGGGAAAAGGCCCAAUGAGCAUGUGCACUCCCAGGGCAGAGUGAUGGGAGACCGCAGCGUCCUCUAUAAGUACCUGAACCCCAAUCUGCUCGCUUUGGUGACCGAGAGCACAGACCAGCAUCAGGAGCGAAGUUUCAUUGGGAUCAUCCUGAUUGAUGGCGUGACCGGUCGCAUCAUCCACGAGGCCGUUCAGAGAAAAGCCAAAGGACCGGUGCACGUUGUGCACUCUGAAAACUGGGUGGUGUACGAAUACUGGAGCACCAAGUCUCGCAGGAACGAGUUCUCUGUCAUUGAGCUGUACGAGGGCAUGGAGCUCUACAACAGCACAGUUUUCAGCUCACUGGAUCGGCCACAUGCUCCUCAGGUGCUUCAGCAGUCUUACAUUUUCCCCUCCUCCAUUUCUACCAUGGAGGCCACACUGACGGAGAAGGGCAUCACCAGCCGCCAUCUGCUUAUUGGCUUGCCAUCUGGAGGGAUUUUGUCAUUGCCCAAGAUGUUCCUUGACCCUCGGAGACCAGAAAUAGUGUCUGAGCAGAGCCGUGAAGAGAACCUGAUACCUUACGCGCCAGAGUUGCUGAUCCGUACAGAGUGGUUUAUCAACUACAAUCAGACAGUAUCAAGAGUGCGAGGAAUUUACACUGCCCCUUCUGGACUGGAGUCAACCUGCCUGGUGGUGGCAUAUGGUCUGGACAUCUACCAGACGCGGGUCUACCCCUCGAAGCAGUUUGACGUACUAAAAGACGACUACGACUACAUGCUGAUCAGUAGCGUUCUCUUCGCCCUUUUCUUUGCCACCAUGAUCAGUAAACGCCUGGCAGAAGUCAAACUGCUCAACCGGGCCUGGCGGUAAAGUGACCGUCACAAUCCCAUCUCUGACAGCCCCGAGGCUGCACCGAGGACCUCAGCCCGAGGAGAUGAUGCCGGCUGGGGCCAUGCCUGUAGAAGAACACAGGUCAAAGUUCAAUAAGGCCCAUAAGGAACUGCAGGGGUGAGGGAACGGCGGGGUGGGGUGAUGAACGGAGGGGUUAGUAGAGGUUUUAUGUGUUUAUUUUUUAACUUAUUUUGCAAGCACAAGGAAUUAUUUCAUAGUAGAUUUAAUGUUUUGGUUUUUUUUGGUUUUUUUUGUUUGUGCCAUGUCAUUUUGAUUAGAUGUUUAAGACAUAGCUGAUUACAACUAAUGAAAAUGGACUUGGAUUUAAUCAACUGUGGGGUUCGGAAACUCCUACACAUGUGAAAGUUAGAAACUUAAACAAUGGUAGUUUUUCCCAAGAUUACAUUUCUUGCCAUUUCUGCUUCAUUAGAUUGUUCUAAUGGAGAGUGAUAAUAAAUGUGGAGGUCAGAGAAAGAGGAGACAGAAGAUGUUUAACACAUGUGAGCAUGAUUUGGUACAACACCAUAGUUGUAUAGUUUGUUACUUUUAGCCUGCUGAAUCACCAUGAUACACACAUGCCAUUUGGUUGGAUGGCAAAUGAACUGUGAAUAAGAGUGAGGAGUUUGUGGCAUGGACAAGACCUGUUGCUUGAAGAAUCUCCCACCAGAGGCACUGUCCUGCUGCUGUCACCGUCCCAUGCUUGACGAGGGAAAAGACCACCGCUCGCCUUUACUUUAGGUACAUCAGUUGUCCUGCAGUUUAUAUGUUUCUUAGCAGUUUGAUCCACUACUGUUGAUGCGCCAUUAAAAUUUGUCUCAGAA